AUGGAGGGCGUUGAUCAUUUAGCGCACGAGCGGAGCAAGGCGCAGUUCGAUGUGGAUCAGAUGAAGGUCGUCUGGGUCGGUUCUCGCCACGCCUUGCAAGUCUCCGAUCGAAUUGCUCGCCUCGUAGCUAGCGAUCCGGUAUUAAGAAAGGAUAAUAGAACUAUGAUGACUAGAAAGGAGUUGUUCAAAAACACAUUGAGAAAAGCAGCUCAUGGAUGGAAACGGAUCAAUGAGCUUCGACUUUCUGAAGAAGAAGCAUCCUGGUUUAGGCAUUAUGUUGAUCAACCAGCAUAUACGGAUCUUCACUGGGGAAUGUUUGUGCCUUUUAUUAAAGGAUCUGGUACUGAGGAGCAGCAAAAGAAGUGGUUGCCGUUGGCAUAUAAGAUGCAAAUUAUUGGUUGCUAUGCACAGACUGAACUUGGUCAUGGCUCCAAUGUUCAAGGGCUUGAGACCACUGCAACUUUUGAUCCAAAGACUGACGAGUUUGUUCUUAAUAGUCCUACACUCACUUCAAGCAAAUGGUGGCCUGGUGGUUUGGGAAAAGCUGCUACACAUGCUGUUGCUUUUGCCCGUCUUAUUACAGAUGGAAAAGACCAUGGAGUAAAUGGUUUCAUUGUCCAACUUCGGAGCUUGGAUGAUCACUUACCUCUUCCAGGCAUAACAGUUGGUGAUAUCGGCAUGAAAUUUGGAAAUGGAGCAUACAACUCCAUGGACAAUGGUGUCCUGAGAUUUGAUAAUGUCCGCAUACCAAGAGAUCAAAUGUUGAUGAGGGUCGCACAAGUUACAAGAGAAGGAAAAUAUGUCCAAUCCAAUGUUCCACGACAGCUACUUUAUGGAACAAUGGUUUUUGUGCGGCAAACAAUUGUAUCUGAUGCUUCCACUGCUCUAUCACGGGCAGUAUGUAUUGCUACUAGGUAUAGUGCUGUUCGUCGACAAUUUGGUUCAGAAAAUGGUGGUGUUGAGACACAGGUGAUUGAUUACAAGACUCAACAAAGUAGGCUCUUCCCUUUGCUGGCUUCCGCCUAUGCUUUCAGAUUUGUUGGUGAGUGGUUGAAAUGGCUAUAUACGGAUGUAACACAAAAGUUGCAAGCAAAUGAUUUCGCCACAUUGCCUGAAGCUCAUGCAUGCACUGCGGGUCUGAAGUCACUGACUACUUCUGCAACUGCUGAUGCCAUUGAAGAAUGUCGGAAAUUAUGUGGUGGGCAUGGUUAUUUAACUAACAGUGGGCUUCCUGAGUUAUUUGCUGUUUAUGUCCCGGCAUGUACAUAUGAAGGAGACAAUGUUGUUCUACUUCUACAGGUUGCAAGGUUUCUCAUGAAGACUGUUUCUCAGCUGCCAUCUGGUAAAAAGCCUGUCGGAACCACAUCUUAUAUGGGCCGUGCAGAACACUUGAUCCAAUGUCGUUGUAAUGUUCAGAAAGUUGAAGAUUGGUUGAAACCCAGUGUGAUACUUGAGGCAUUUGAAGCAAGGGCAAUUAGGAUGUCGAUUGCCUGUGCUCAAGACCUUAGCAAGUUUUCAAAUCAAGAAGAAGGCUUUGCGGAACUCUCGUCUAAUUUAGCUGAGGCAGCAGUUGCUCAUUGCCAAUUGAUUGUCGUCUCCAAGUUCAUUGAGAAACUCCAACAAGACAUUCCAGGGAAGGGAGUGAAAGAACAGCUUCACAACCUCUGCAAUAUAUAUGCUUUGUAUAUUAUUCAUAGACAUUUGGGUGAUUUCCUCUCCACUGGCAGCAUCACGGCCAAGCAAGCUUCGCUCGCCAAUGAGCAACUUAGAUCUCUAUAUUCCAAGCUCCGUCCCAAUGCCAUUGCCCUUGUUGAUGCAUUUAAUUAUACUGAUCACUAUCUUGGCUCAGUUCUUGGCCGCUAUGACGGUGAUGUUUACCCGAAUCUUUAUGCUGAGGCAUGGAAGGAUCCUCUUAAUGAAUCAGUUGUGCCCGAUGGCUAUCGGGAAUAUAUCCAGCCUUUGCUGAAGAACCAACUCCGAAAUGCUAGACUAUGA